ACAACCUCACCUGAAUUCAUUCUAUCGAAUUCGAACCUCGACCACUUUAUAGAUCGGUACCAUCGACAUCAAUUUCGCGUCAUAGAACAUACAUCACCCAUAACUGGCAUAGCAGUUUCGCAUACCGCUUUGUUCCAAGACCUUCCAUAGAGGUCGCGAGUGACAUCGAAACCAACUUUGCCACACCUUCAACUCCGAUCAUAACCAGCACACAUCAUGUCUACCGAAGAAGAUCUCAUCGAUUACUCCGAUGAUGAGCUUGAGACAAAGACCACAGCGCCAGCUGCUGGUGCAGGAAAUGGAGAGGCCAAGGAGGGCGAUCUGACCGUAUCUGGAGGUAACCCUGACAAGAAGGGAUCAUACGUCGGCAUCCACGCGACCGGUUUCCGCGACUUCCUGCUGAAGCCAGAGCUUCUCCGGGCCAUCACUGAUUGCGGUUUCGAGCAUCCAUCGGAGGUCCAGCAAGUGUGUAUUCCUCAGGCAAUUCUCGGAACCGACGUUCUCUGCCAGGCCAAAUCCGGUCUUGGUAAGACUGCCGUCUUUGUCCUGACCACCCUUCAACAAGUUGAGCCGGUGUCCGGAGAGUGCUCCGUUCUCGUUAUGUGCCACACUCGCGAGUUGGCCUACCAGAUCAAGAACGAAUACGCCAGAUUCAGCAAGUAUAUGCCAGAGGUCAAGACCGCUGUCUUCUACGGUGGAACCCCGAUCCAGAAGGAUGCCGAGAUCCUGAAGAACAAGGACACCCACCCGCACAUCAUCGUCGCCACCCCCGGUCGUUUGAAUGCCUUAGUCCGUGACAAGCACCUCCGCCUCGGAAGCGUCAAGGUCUUCGUCCUCGAUGAGUGUGACAAGAUGCUCGAUCAGAUUGACAUGCGCCGCGACGUCCAGGAGAUCUUCCGCGCCACGCCAACCCAGAAGCAAGUCAUGAUGUUCAGCGCCACCCUGUCCCAGGAAGUCCGCCCGAUCUGCAAGAAGUUCAUGCAGAACCCUCUUGAGAUUUACGUUGAUGACGACACCAAGCUUACCCUGCACGGCCUUCAGCAGUACUACAUCAAGCUUGAUGAGAAGGAGAAGAACCGCAAGCUCAAUGAGCUUCUUGACGAUAUGCAGUUUAACCAGGUCAUCAUCUUUGUCAAGAGCACCCUGCGCGCCACUGAGCUCGACAAGCUCCUCCGCGAGUGUAACUUCCCGUCUAUCGCAGUUCACUCUGGUGUUAGCCAAGAAGAGCGUAUCAAGCGCUACACGGAGUUCAAGGAGUUCAACAAGCGUAUCUGUGUCGCUACCGACGUCUUCGGACGUGGUAUUGAUAUCGAGCGUAUCAACCUUGCCAUCAACUACGAUCUACCCGGUGACGCCGACUCCUACCUCCAUCGUGUCGGUCGUGCUGGUCGUUUCGGAUCCAAGGGUGUCUCUAUCUCCUUCGUGAGCAGCGAGCCCGACCAGCAGGUCCUGAAGGAUAUUGAGAAGCGCUUCGAGGUUGCACUUCCUGAGUUCCCAGAGGGCGGUAUCGAUGCCAGCACCUACAUGGCGAGUUAGAUGCACAACCCCGCAUUUUUCCCGUCGGGCCUCUCUCAACUCUUGCAAAGUCCCCUAUCUCGCGCUCUCAGCACCUACCGCUUGAGCGCCAAAGGGAUGGGUAGCCACGCAGUUUUAGGGGCCCUAGUUAGCCUAGUGACGGACCCGGAGUAGGAAGUUUUUACGCGCUGGCAACUUUUGUGUUUUUUUUAUGGGACUACUACUGGAUGGACUGGGCGAGGGGGUAAAUUUCUUGUCUUGUCUUGUCUUGUGUCUUACCAAGAUAUUAAAAAAAAACUUGUGAUUCUUUUUUUGAAAGCCGUGUUUGCCGGUGUCGUGAAUAACGCGUGGUUUAAGUGAUGUGAUGACAGGAGGGCGCAUCAAUGCACCCAGUUCUCGUGUGGCUUGGCUGCGUUGAGUGAUCUACGCCAGGUAAAUCAAGUGAAGAAUGGUCUGGAGAGAAAAGGAGUUUGGUGAGGGACGAAGUGAGGAUACUUAUAGGGCCAUGAUGAAUGAGCAUUGUCAUCUUGAAAUGAGGAUUGGAUUGAAUAUAGCGGUGAUGAGGGUUUGAUGAUGAAUAAUAGUCCUGCUGUUCGGAUAUAAAGAAUUUCCAUGAGACCAAGGAGGUGAACAAUGGAAUAAGUAGCAACGAAGUCUUUAUCUGUAUUCGAG